UCAAAUUCUAAUUAAUCAUGAACAAUGACAAGCCAGCUGAUAAUAGCGUGGAGCUCCGAUGAUACAGCUUAACUCGACUAUAAAAGCGAUGAGCUGCAACAUAACCGACACAGUUGUAUAUCAUCGUUUGGUGUUAUACGACAUUAAUAAAAAUCUAACGAAAAAUGUUCAAGUUCUUCGUAUUCUUCACCAUUUGCGCCGCCUUGGCUUCGGCCAACAUGGUUCGCGUACCCAUGAUCAAGAACCCCAACUACUGCAAGACACAUGCAUCUGUGAAGGCUGAAACCGCCUACUUGCGCGCCAAAUACAAUGUGGCCACUCCACGAGGUGCCACUGAGCAAUUGCAAGAUCAAUUCGAUAUGUCUUACUAUGGCAAGAUCACCAUCGGUACACCACCACAGGAAUUCUUGGUGCUCUUCGAUUCUGGUUCCUCCAACUUGUGGAUCCCAUCAUCCUCUUGCCCCAGCAGCAACCAAGCUUGCCAAAACCACGCCAAAUAUGACUCCAGCGCUUCCAGCACCUAUGUAGCCAAUGGCGAGAGCUUCUCCAUCCAAUACGGUUCCGGCAGUUUGUCUGGUUACUUGUCUCAGGAUACCGUCAGGGUAGCAGGACUCACCAUUAAGGACCAAGUAUUCGCUGAAGCUAUGCAAGAACCCGGUACCAGCUUCGUUAACUCCGGUUUCGAUGGUCUUAUGGGUAUGGCUUUCCAAUCGAUUUCCAAUGACAACGUUGUGCCACCUUUCUACAACAUGUGGUCUCAGGGUUUGAUCAGCAAGAACUUGUUCUCCUUCUACUUGACACGUGCUGGUACCUCAGUGAAUGGUGGUGAAAUGAUUUUGGGUGGUUCUGACUCCAGCCUCUACAAAGGUCAACUUACGUACGUGCCAAUCUCUGAACAAGGCUACUGGCAAUUCGGUGUGGACAGCGGUAGCAUUGGUGGUCAACCUUUGUGCUCUGGUGGUUGCCAAGCCAUCGCCGAUACUGGCACCUCUCUCAUUGUUGCCCCAUACUACGGCUACAUUACCUACAUGAACAUCGUGGAUCCCGAUGGUGAUGGAUACAUUGAUUGCUCAUCCGUCAGCAGCCUUCCCGAUAUGGAAUUCGUCAUUGGUGGCACAACCUUCACCAUCCCAGCCUCGCAAUACGUUGUCGAAUCUGAGGGACUCUGCUCACCAGCCAUCAGCUACAUGGGUACUGAUUUCUGGAUCUUGGGUGAUAUCUUCAUCGGUCUUUACUACACAGAAUUCGAUAUGGGCAACAACCGCAUCGGUUUCGCUCCAGUCGCUUAAACUCAAUCGAUAAUUAAGUUACAAGAUGAUAUUUUUUGUUUUUAAUAAAACGAUUUAAAUGCUUUAAUUUUGAACCAAA